UGCUCACGCUGUCAGCUCCAAACUGUGCACAUGGACAUUCUUCAAAAAAACAAAAAAUCCAGUAGUUUAGUUUUUUGUUGUCGUAGGCUGUGAAAAGUUUUAGUAAAAAUUUAAGAAUUUCAGUACAAACGUGGAACUGGAAACUACUUUAUAAGCCAAAUAAUUGUAGACGAAAUUGUGCAUUUGCUAUUAGUUAUAUCGUAGGUGGUUUUGCUUCAUUUACAUGGCGCUGUUUUUUGUGCUGGCAAUGUAAUUACACCGAGCUGACGACAAGUGCCAGUGACCUAGAUUUUGGGAGUCCUGCGCUUGAGAUACCACCGCCACCGCAAUUCUGCUCCGUUCGCCUGUCAAAUCCUUCCUGCAGCAACAAAGUAAAGGUCACAAAUCGCGAGGCAAGCUUCUCUCUUUUUUUGCGGGUUUAGCGGAGAUCAGAGAUCACAGAACGAGCUUAGUACCACCCACUGUACCACUAUAUAUGAUUACUGGGUGACCAGGACCACCUGACAUGCGUAACAACAGCGGCUAUAAUAUCCCCGCCAGCAACAGUCUGAACAACAAUGGAGCCACUGCACCACGUUACGGCAAUGCGGACAAUUCGCUCUGCUACUACAACCUCGAUAACUGCAACCUGAUCGGCCCCGCGUGGAGCAGUCGUCAGAACUUUAAUCAGAAUCAAGUACCUAACCAGAACCACAAUCUGCCGUCGAAGCGAAUUCCCACCAAGCAAGCAGCCAGAUCGAGCUACCAUCCAUCGGCGGCCAAUUCGGCGCCGGAUUCCUCACUCUACGCCGAUGCAUUUGGCCAACAUUCCCUGGUCAGUCAGCGAAUAGCUGGCAACAAGAGCUGCGAGUACGUCUACCAGGCGGUUCGGCGAUCCGACGACCUUCAUCAUUCCAAUGGUCAGCAGUAUAAAGUGACAAGGCAAUAUGCCGCCGAAAAGGAACAGAUGUUGCUGCAGCCACACAUCGUUUACUUCGAUCCGGAGCUUAAGAAACGAAAAGCCCGAGUGGGACGUGGUUCCGCUGAUUAUCUGGACAAUAGUCCGGACCGAUAUCGGGCCGUCAAUUCCCAGUCACCAGAGCCAACCUGGGAUAACAUACUCUCGGAACGGCCGGUCCAGUAUCAGACGACUAACCAGCACUAUCAGCACUAUUUUUCAUACUUUUACAAUCGUGGAGCGGAGAAAGUGUCUAACUCCACGCUUGCCGUUGCCAAUAGCCGCAAACUGCCAAUGAGUAAGUUCCAAAAAUCCAGCGCCAGUCGCCGGGAUUCGCGAGAGGUUGAUGACACCGUCAUAAUUGGCCGAAGGAACAUUUCCGAGGACAGGAACUGGCAGAGUCCGAAAUAUGAGAAGCAAGUGCUAAAGGAGAAGUUACCGAGCAAUGAUUUGGAAGAUGAUUAUUUGGACAAUGGCUGGGGAGAGCCCGGAAACGACGAGGACUACCGGGAUAUCAAGGACGUUUACGACAAUGCAGUUGCCAUCGAAAACGGACUCGAACCGGUCCAUCGGCGCUAUUAUCGAGUGUCUGAAAACACGGCACAGGAUAAUUCGGGCGAUACUCUAAUUAAUAACAACAAUAAUGAAUUAAAGGUUAUGCGAAAGACAACGGAUCAGCCGGUGCCCCGCUUACCGAUGACGCCCAAGAGGGCCAAAGGUGGAGCCGUGUCCGCCAAGAAACAAACGCCCACGGUUCACCGAGUCCUGCUGUACAGCACGCAAAGUCCUCGGAUGGGACGCAAACAACAGUUUGCCAGCCAGCGGGUCAGUAUGAAGCAGCAGAACUCCAGGUCACUUGGUGGCGGCGACGAGGGACAAACGGUUAUAUUGCUAGAGCCGGACCUGAAAUCCGACGAGCAUCGUAAUGCCAUUGACUUUGAUCGCAACGAUGACUUUGACGAAGACGAUGACCUCGACAAUCUUUCGAAUUUCGACGAAAGCGACACGGCAAGUGUGCUGUCGGACACCGAGGAUGGUUAUCGUGCCCAUGCCUACAAGCUAACGCAUUCCACGGAUCGAUUUUCAUCACCUCAAAGCACACCCAGCUUUCUGUCGUCUCAAUCGUCUGAGGAUGAUCUUAAAAACCCGGACUCCCUCCUGGUGCCCAGUCUGUUUCCCUACGUGCCUCCCUAUUUGUCCUUCUCGUCGAACACAAAGAAAGGCCCACGCGUGCCACCGGAUCUUCAUCGAGUGCUCAAGUGGCGCAUCACCAAUAUAAUGCCAAAGGUUGUUCGUCUCAUUCUGGCCAACAGCGGGAUGCGAAUGUUGAAGAAAACCAACGAUUGGAUGGGCGUGUGGGGCAAGCACCUAAAGUCGCCGUGCUUUAAAGCCAUUCGAUCAUAUCAAAAAAUCAACCACUUACCUGGCUCAUUUCGCAUUGGACGCAAGGAUUCUUGCUGGAAGAAUCUGCAAAGGCAGAUGGGUAAGCACAGCAACAAGGAGUUUGGAUUUAUGCCGCGCACAUACAUCAUCCCCAAUGAUCUGGGUGCAUUGCGCAGGCAUUGGCCGAAGUAUGCCCAGCGGAAUACUAAGUGGAUUAUCAAGCCACCCGCAAGUGCUCGGGGUGCUGGUAUUAGAGUUAUUAACCGGUGGGGUCAGAUCCCUAAGAGAAGGCCGCUUAUCGUGCAAAAGUACAUUGAACGUCCACUUCUUAUAAAUGGAAGUAAAUUUGACUUGCGACUUUAUGUCCUCGUUACUUCAGUUAACCCCUUGAGAGUUUUUAUGUAUCACAACGGCUUGGCGCGUUUUGCUUCUGUGAAGUACAGUGCUAAGACGGACACUUUAAACGAUCGCUGUAUGCACUUAACCAACUACAGCAUAAACAAGUUCUCUUCAAACUAUUCGAAAAACGAAGAUGUCAAUGCCUGCCACGGGCACAAGUGGACCAUCAAGUCUCUGUGGACGUAUUUGGCCAACCGUGGAGUUCGAACCGAUUGUCUGUGGGAAGCUCUCCGGAGUUUGGUCCUUCGAACAAUUCUCGCUGGCGAGAAUGGCAUUAACAGCAUGAUAAGAGCAAACGUGGAAUCCAAAUACAGCUGCUUCGAGCUGUUUGGCUUUGAUGUAAUUUUGGAUUCGGAUCUGGUUCCUUGGCUCUUGGAAGUGAAUAUAUCGCCCAGCUUACACUCGGAACUGCCUUUAGAUGCCCAUGUUAAAGCGCCUUUAGUGCAGGGCGUUCUCAACACGGCACUGUACAACGUACCUCCAAAACUGUCUUUGGAUAAGCAAAAAGAACUGGCUGCUGAAUUUUCCUUUCCUCCUGGCACACAGAUGUGCUACGAUAAACGGCUUUACAUUAACUAUUUGUCUCGCGAAGAGAAGGUCAAACAUAACACUUUCACAAGAAAAUCAAUGGAGGAUCGCAACGAGUAUGUUAAUGCGAUCUUGAAUAAUCUAACUCCCGAUGAUGUGCGGUGCCUUAUCAUAGCCGAGGAUGAACUAGCGCGCUGUGCACCCUUGGAGCGUAUCUUUCCUACAGAUCAAACCCAUAAGUACCUUAAAUACAACGACAGUCCGCGGUAUUACAACCGCCUUUUGGAUGCCUGGGAAUCCCGCUACGCUAACAAUCGUACGGAGGGCAUUGCGUUGUUGCGCGACUAUUGUCAAAAUAAAUAUCAUCUUCAAGUCCCAACACCUCCAGCCAAAAAGGACUCGAACGAUGAAGGUGUGACCCUAGCGACGCCAAAAACUACAAGAGAUGAAAAUGAAUCCUAACUCUGCAUUUUCAGUUUUUCACCAGACCUAGACCUAAAAAUUCCGUCAGAAACAACAUUUUUAUACUGAUGAGCGCUCUGUUUGGCCUGCAGCAUAUCUUUGAUUUUUAAAUAUAAUAUUAGGAUUGCAACGGUACUGCACGUGUUCAGCAACCAUUGAAAUUGAUAUGUAAUACUAAUAUAUUUAGUAAAAGUUAUACAGUGAAUUAUUAAAUUAAAUGUUAACUAA